AGGUCUCUUGCUGUAGAUUUCUUUUCCUUGGCCGUGACCCCAUUAGACCUGUUUUCUAUAGCUUAUCAAACCCUCCCGUGUAUUCUUGUGUGUAUUCUGACCGAGCUCUGAGCUCUUCCGCUCCGAUCUCGGCCUCAACCUUCCCCGCCGUAAAUCGCAAAUCCUCCUACGGGCGCUGCUCUAGUUUCAAGCAGGAAGUGACAUCCUGUUAAAAUGUCCCAACUUGCCGGGCCUACCAAGCCACUUCCUGUUCCUCCAGUUUCAACCCCCUCUGGGUGACUUCACUGAGCCCCUUCUUUACCAAACUGAACAAACUGGUUUCUAGUUCUCAGACGGAGAGGAAAGAGGAAAGGCGGGCGGCGAAUUUCUAUAGAGGAAGGUCGCAAAAGAAUAAAAAGCGUGGGACAGGGGCAGAUCGCCCACUAACAUCUGCCGUUUCAAACGAAGUGGGCGGUGGCCGCAGCCCUCGAGAAGUCCGGUUGUUCUGGGAACAGACCGCUGUCCCCGCCCUCCAGUCCCGGGACUCCCGCUCUCGGGAAAGCCGGAGUGGAGGGGUCAUGGGGAGGCGGCGACGCGGCGGGAACGCGCGCUUCCAUCUGGGCGGCGGCGCGAUGACGUCACGCGGCGCGCGAUGUGGGCGGAGCCUCACUUUGAACCCAGUUGGCGGGAGGUGCGGCUCGCUUGGGGUGGUGGCGGCCGCUGCAGGUUCCUUGGGGACCCAGUGGUGAUGGAGCCCACGGCUGGGGCCGAGAAGGAGCGUGGCGGGGGCGCUGCUGCCGAGGAGUGCGUGAGUCGGAUCCCGGUGCCGAGACCUCCCUCCAUUGAGGAGUUCAAGAUAGUGAAGCCCAUCAGCCGGGGCGCCUUCGGGAAGGUGUACCUGGGGCAGAAAGGCGGCAGGUUGUAUGCGGUCAAGGUUGUCAAAAAAGCAGACAUGAUCAACAAAAACAUGACUCAUCAAGUGCAAGCUGAGAGGGAUGCACUGGCGCUAAGCAAGAGCCCCUUCGUUGUCCAUCUGUACUACUCCCUGCAGUCAGCAAACAACGUGUACUUGAUAAUGGAAUACCUUAUUGGUGGAGAUGUCAAGUCUCUCCUGCAUAUAUAUGGUUAUUUUGAUGAAGAGAUGGCUGUGAAAUACAUUUCAGAAGUAGCAUUGGCUCUAGACUACCUUCACAGGCAUGGAAUCAUUCACAGGGAUUUGAAACCAGACAACAUGCUUAUUUCUAAUGAAGGUCAUAUCAAACUAACAGAUUUUGGCCUUUCAAAAGUUACUUUGAAUAGAGAUAUCAAUAUGAUGGAUAUCCUUACAACACCGUCCAUGACUAAACCUAGACAAGAUUACUCAAGAACCCCAGGACAAGUAUUAUCUCUCAUCAGCUCUUUGGGAUUUUUCACACCAGUUGCAGAUAACAGUCAUGACUCUGCCAAUAAUCUUUCAACCUGUAUAUCUGAACCACCACAGCUUUCUCAAGGACUACCUUGUCCUAUGUAUAUAGAUCAAAAGGUUACUACUCCUUAUUCUAGCAAACUUCUAAAAUCAUGUCUUGAAACAGUUGGCUCCAAGCCCAGCAUGCCUGUGAAGUGUCUAACCUCUAGUCUGCUGCAGUCUAGGAAAAGACUGGCCACUUCAAGUGCCAGCAGCCAGUCCUGCACCUUUUUGUCCAGUGUGGAAUCUGAAUCCCACAGUAGUCCCAGGUGGGAAAAGGACUGCCAGGGAAGUGAUGAUGCUGUGGGCUCUGCCAUGGUGAACUGGAGUACAACUGCAAAACCUUUAUGUACAAAUUCUGCAAAGACCAUCGAGACCAAAAGUUGCAACAAUAAGACUCUGGAGUUAUCCCUCUCUCCUAUUCAGGACAGCAGCGCCAUUCUCGCUGCUAGCAGUUCCUGUGUCAACGUUGCUAAAAACUGCCACCCUGGGGAGGUUUCCUGGGAAGCAAGAGAACUGGAUCUAAAUAAUCAAACCACUGACCCAAGACAGUCUGAUUUUCAUCAGUCAAAGCAGCGGGCUGUCAAUUUCACAGCUAGGACUGAAGAGCAUCUUGAAAAGAGAAGUUCUAAAAGGAAUUUUGCGUUAGUUGAUUCCAGCCCUUGUCAAAAAAUUAUACAGAGUAAAAAAAAUUGCACAGAGUAUCACCACAGCAAAGAAAUGAGAGGUUGCUAUACCAAUCCAAGCACAGGCUUAACUACCGAAGUCCAGCAUCUUAAGUUUUCACCCAGUAGCCAACAAAAUGACUCUGCUAAUAAAGAGAACAUGGGUGAUUCUUUCACUGAUAAACAACAAACACCAGAAAAAUCACCUAUCCCGAUGAUAGCCAAAAACCUCCUAUGUGAACUGGAUGAAGACUGUGACAGGAAUAACAAGAAGGACUAUUUAAAUUCCAGCUUCCUAUAUUCUGAUGAUGAAAGAACUUCUAAAACUCUUUUUAUGGACUCCGACUCAUCCUUUCCUGCACCCUCCAUAAUGGAAAGUCCCAUAGAUAUGCAGUGCUUGGAUUCAAAUAAAAGCAUCCGGGAAUCCUCUUUCGAAGAGUCAAAUAUUGAAGACAUACUCACUGUAUCGCCCAGCUGCCAGGAAAAUCCUUUGCCAAAAGAUGAAGAGACUCCUGCUGCCCCAGACAGCAGCCAAAAAAUGUUAGCUCCGUCUGCGGAAGCGUUGAGAAUGCUGACCGUCUCUAAGAGAAAUGCUGUCGCCUUUCGAAGUUUCAACAGUCACAUCAAUGCAUCCAGUAUUUCGGAACCAUCCAAACUGAGCAUUGCUUCUGUAGAAGCGAUGGAUAUUUCACUGGCUCACAGCGGCUCGUAUCCUAUGGCUGUAACCCCUGUUCAAAAGGGAAGAUCCCAUAUUCCAUAUCAGACCCCAAGACAAGUCAAGUCAGGAACUCCAUAUCGAACACCAAAGAGUGUGAGAAGAGGGGCAGCCCCAGUGGAUGAUGGGCGAAUUCUGGGGACCCCAGACUACCUCGCACCUGAACUGUUGUUAGGCAGAGCUCAUGGGUUUCUCAAAUCCGGUCCUGCAGUUGACUGGUGGGCACUUGGAGUUUGCUUAUUUGAGUUUCUAACAGGAAUUCCCCCCUUCAAUGAUGAGACACCACAGCAAGUCUUUCAGAAUAUUCUAAAAAGAGAUAUCCCUUGGCCAGAAGGUGACGAGAAGUUAUCUGAUAAUGCUCAAAGUGCAGUAGAAAUAUUUUUAACCCUUGAUGAUACAUUGAGAGCUGGAAUGAAAGAGCUCAAACACCAUCCUCUCUUCAGUGAUGUGGACUGGGACAAUCUACAGCAUCAGACAAUGCCUUUCAUACCCCAACCAGAUGAUGAAACAGACACAUCUUAUUUUGAAGCCAGGAAUAAUGCUCAGCACCUUACUGUUUCUGGAUUCAGUUUAUAGCAUAUGGACAAGCUUGGAUAAUUAAUUAUUCCUUAACACUGGACUGAAAGAAAGAUCACCAUUUUACCUGAGCUUAUAAUAUCUGUCAACAACUUCCACAGUGCUAAAAGACCAUCAAGACUAUAUUUGCUAAUUUAUCUUAACCUCAGAAUUGUAUAUAGCUCUUCAGUGCUCUUACUGUAUUUAUUUUGUUACUGCACUUUAUGAAAAUUAGUGCCUCAGUUAAACUAUACUAACAUUAUCACUUUAGAGAAAAGAGUGAGCCAGGAGCCUGAUUACUUUUCCUGUCUGUUGUCUCAGCCCACCAUUUAGUUUGGUGUUAAAAAAGAAAAGAUAUGGUUCUGUCUUACUGUACUUUAUUUGUACAUGAUUGCCUGUAAAAGCUGUCAUUUCAAGGGUAGUUGAUAACAUUACAUUCGUGAGGGAGUCAGGCAGUAGUGCAGCGGGUUAAGGGCACGUGGCGCAAAGCACAAGGACCGGCAUAAGGAUCCCUGUUCAAGCCCCCAGCUCCCCACUUGUAGGGAAGUCGCUUCACAAGCGGUGAAGCAGGUCUGCAGGUGUCUUUCUCUCCCCCUCUGUCUUUCCCUCCUCUCUCCAUUUCUCUCUGUCCUAUCCAAAAACAAUGGCAGCAAUAACAAUAAUAAUAACUACAACAAUAAAAGGGCAACAAAAGGGAAUAAAUAUUUUUUUAAAUAAUAAUAAAAUGAAAAAAAAAUUACAGUCGUGAUCAGGAUGGAGCUGCAGUUGGCAAAUUCCUUUGGGAAUAAGACACAAAAGGAUUAGGGUUGUAACUUAAGUUUCCAUGAUACCAUGUUGCUGCCUUGACUGCUCCCGGUGCUUUCUCCAUGGGCCACAUCUGUUUAAAAUAGCACUGCAGAGCUUAGGUGUGAUAUACUCUAGCACUUCUUACAUCUUGUUUCAGCUUGCUUGAAUCCUAGUAAAAAGUAUGGUCUGCAUUUUAAGUCAUCUAUAACAUAUGCAGCAUUACUGGAGAUUGCCUGAUCUCUUAAAAAAUAGCUUACUUAAUAAAUGUAAUUGGAACACUUAAAAUGGAGUAUGUGUGAUUGUCAAUUCUUGCCGUUUUUUUUUUUUGUUUUUUUUUUUCCUUUUCCUCCUCCAGGGUUAUUGCUGGGCUUGGUGCCUGCACCAUGAAUCCACCGCUCCUGGAGGCCUUUUUUUUUUUUCCCCUUUUGUUGCCCUUGUUAUAGCUUCGUUGUGGUUAUUAUUAUUGCCCUUGUUGACGCAAUUAGUUGUUGGAUAGGACAGAGAGAAAUGGAGAGAGAAGG